AUGGAUGAGUUUGAAAUGUCCGAUCUCGGAUUAAUGCAUUACUUUCUUGGCAUAGAAGUAGUGCAAUCUGAUGACGGGAUCUUCAUUUCUCAGAAGAAAUAUAUAGGAGAAAUUCUAGACAGAUUUCAGAUGAGGGAUUGUAAUCCUGUUAACACUCCUACAGAGCUUGGUUUGAAGCUACACAAAGAUCCUACUGGGAAGAAGGUUGACAGCACACUUUACAAACAGGUUGUGGGCAGUUUGAUGUAUCUCACUGCAACAAGGCCCGACAUAAUGUACUCUGUGAGUUUAAAUAGUAGGUAUAUGGAGAAUCCCACAGAAAUGCAUUUGUCGGCAGCGAAGAGAAUUCUCCGUUACUUGCAAGGAACGAGAGACUUUGGGAUAUUUUAUAAGAAGAAUGAAAAAUCCAAGUUGCUCGGUUAUACUGACAGCAACUAUGCUGGUGAUCAAGAUGAUAGAAAAAGCACUACAGGUUACGCUUCUAUGUUCGGGUCUGGUGCUAUUUCAUGGUCAGCUAAGAAGCAACCAAUUGUCACGUUGUCUAGUACAAAAGCCGAGUUUGUUGCUGCGACUGCUUCAAUCCAACUAUCCAAGAAUCCAGUGCUACAUGGAAGAAGCAAGCACAUUGAUGUGAAGUUUUAUUUCUUAAGAGAUCUUAGCAAUAAUGAAACAAUUGAAUUGAUCUAUUGCAAGAGUGAAGAUCAGGUUGCGGAUAUUUUCACCAAGGCCUUGAAGAUGGAGUCAUUCAUGAAACUUAGAAGGCUGCUAGGUGUCUACACAAUUAAAGAUGUAAAUUGA